AUGGUUUCGCCUAACCUCAUCCGGUCAGCCCUCUGGCUGGCCGUGCUAGGCACAGCAUCAGCUCUUCCCGGCUCAGAAAACCCGAACGCUCUUGCGCCCCGUCAACCCAUCGACGCCGACCUCGUCCCCCCUCCCACCGACAACGACGCCCCUCCCGCCAUCGACACCACCAAACUCGCCGGUCACGAAUUCGCCGUCUGCCACAACCUCGACGGCGACUACAAACCAUUCUGCCUCCCCAAACACAACGAAACCUUCAACCCCGGCGUCCUCAAGUACAUCACCUGGGACCCGGCCUUCUUCUCCAAAGGCCACACCCACGAGAAAGCAAACCACACGGUCAAAAUCAUCGGGUUUUACCUCACCCCCGAAAGCGACACCCACCAAGCCUUUGACUCUGGCGAAAUCUCGUGCGCAUGGGGUUUUUACCAGUGGUCCGUUACCCAAGACCUCAUCAACGCCAACCCAUUGUGGAAUGAAAAACCGGGAAACAAGGCGAAGCACUUCAAGCAGAACACACCAACGACGAUAACCCUGAGGAUGGCGGCGCUGCCGGAGGAUGGCUCGCCCGCGGAAUGGCAUCAGGGACCGACGGUGCAGAUUGUCAAGCCGAAGAAGGGGCCGAAUAAGAGUGAUGGGAAGAGGCACCCGGCGGACGAUCAGGUGUUGUAUGUGGCGCUGCCCACGGUGGCGUUUUUCUUGAUGGCGAUUGUGAUGAGCACGUUGUGCUGUAAUAGGGGGGUGAGGAGGAUUGAUUUGGGGAAUGUGAUGGGGAGGAACAGGAGGAGUGAGAGGGGGACGGUGGGGAGGAAUAGGAGGGAUAGGGGGCAGUAUUCUAGGGUUGAUGGGAGGGAUAUGGAGCUUGGGAGGGGGGUUGGGGAGGGGAGUGGAUUGGGGGUUAGGAAGGUUGAUUAA